CCUGAGCCGGGCGGCGGCCUCGCCUCGCUGCCUUCCCUUCCCGCCGCGCGCGCCGACUGCGCCCCCUCUCCCUCCCGGCGCCGGCAUGGAGCUGGAGGCCUCGCUGGAGCAGUCGGUGCAGACGCGCAUCUUCAAGAUCAUCGUCAUCGGCGACUCCAACGUGGGCAAGACCUGCCUGACGGUGCGCUUCUGCGGGGGAGCCUUCCCGGCCAGCACCGAGGCCACCAUCGGCGUGGACUUCAGGGAGAAGGCGGUGGAGAUCGAGGGUGAACACAUCAAGGUGCAGGUGUGGGACACAGCCGGCCAGGAGAGGUUCCGGAAGAGCAUGGUAGAGCACUACUACCGCAACGUGCAUGCUGUCGUGUUUGUCUACGAUGUCACCAAGAUGGCAUCCUUCCUCAACUUAAAGACCUGGAUUGAAGAGUGCAAUGGCCACGCCGUCCCUGCACUUGUCCCAAAGGUGCUUGUCGGAAACAAGUGUGACUUGCGAGACCAGAUCCAGGUGCCAUCCAGUUUGGCCUUGAAGUUUGCCGACGCUCACAAUAUGCUUUUAUUUGAAACCUCUGCCAAGGACCCCAAAGAAAGCCAGAACGUGGAGUCUAUUUUCAUGUGCCUGGCUUGUCGGCUGAAGGCUCAGAAGUCUCUGCUUUAUCGGGACAUGGAGAGACAGCAAGGGAGGGCCCAGAAAAUGCAGCUCUUGCCAGAUGCUAGUGGCAAAAAUUCCUGUCCUUGCUGAACUGUGGAGGUUUUCACUCCUGACCACUUAAUGAAGCAGGGCAGGUGGUUUUGUGCCUGCACAAACUGAACAAAGCCCUGCUGGUCUCAAUCUAAGAUAAUGUUAAAUUAAUAAAAAUUUGUAUGGCUCACAA